AUGACAACAAACAAUCGUGGAAAUCUUCAUUCAUCGGAUUUUUUCACUCGAAUUCUUCUUCAAUCAGGCCAAUAUACAUCACCACCAACACUUGAGUCUGAUGCAGAAAAAUUGCUUGUUCAUUUCGCGACUCUAUUUGCUCAACAAUUAGUUUCCAAAUCAUCUCUUGCUGCGACUGCAAGACGUACUCCAAAACCGACUCCUAUUAAUCUUAAUGAUGUUAAUUUUGUUCUCAAGCACCAAUGGCCUGUCUAUGAUUCAUCCUCAUACAAUCAAACAUUGAAAAAGAGUGAAUAA